AUGGCAGACAAUGGAGAGGGUUCGUCCCUAACUCCAGCUCGGUCUGUGCCAAUAGCAUCCUCGGUACGCUCGAGGUCCCCCGGGCCUGAGCUCGGUACUAGGCAGGCUUCCAUUGCACGACUUGCGUCCCCGGUGCCCUCCCCGUCAUUUGGUACUUCUCUGUCCUCCCGACAGGGUAUCCCAGCCAGUCGGCCUAUCACAACGAAUGCCGAGCAGGACUUCUCUAAAUCAUUCACUCAUGCGGCUUCACUUCCUGGACCCGGUCAAUCCAUGAUUGCGUCCCAACUUCAAGAGAGCCUGGGUCGCUCGCCGCCGAGAUUUGGAACACCGUCGCGGAACACUGGGUCUCCUGCGUUGCAUCUAGAUCCCCGGCCGGUCGCCUCACAGUACGGAUCUUUCGAUACAAAGAAUGGACGCCAGUCCCCUGGCCCAGGAGUGCCACCAUAUGAGGAUCCUGAGGUUAUCAAAAGACAUCUGGUGACCGAUCAGGGAGAUGGCCAGUCAGAUAUUGCGACCAGCAUAGGAGAUGAGCACUUCUCCAGUUUACAACUACAGGGUGGUGAUAUUACACGACAGGUCUACCGAUGGGCGGAGGAUGCUGAGGCUGAAGCCGCAGGUCGAUUCAUGCGCAGCAAGAGUUUCAGCGUAAGCCGACCAAGACCAGAGCAUGAGACGGAGGAUAUCGAUACAAUUCGUGUUCCAGGAGGAUUCCGUAGAGAUUAUCUCCGGAGAGCAGCUGGAAGUCCACAUCGUGGAAGUGCCCAGGGAUCGACUUCAGGGGCACCCCAUCCUGGUCCUCCCCAGCUGCCUACCACGAGCUUCUUGGAAUUCUUGACUCUGUACGGUCAUUUUGCUGGAGAGGAGCUGGAGGAAGAUGACGAGGUCCUUGGGCCGGAUGAGUACUUUUCCUCCGAUGCUUGGGACGAGCCAGAGGAGGGUAGAGAGUCCGGAGAAGAUGCGGCGCUACUGGCACCAGAAACACCAGGACGGAAGAAGAGAAAGCACAAGCAGCGUUCGCCGGCCGGCAAUACUACGACGACCGGCGCCGUGAUGCUGCUGCUCAAGUCAUUCGUGGGUACCGGUAUUUUGUUCCUGCCCCGGGCCUUCUUGAAUGGCGGCAUGCUCUUCAGUAGCAUGGUUUUGCUGGGCGUGUCAAUUUUAAGUUACUAUGCCUUCAUUCUUCUCGUCAACACCCGCAUGAAGAUCGAUGGUUCCUUCGGUGACAUCGGUGGUAUUCUGUAUGGCAAGCACAUGCGACGAAUCAUUCUCGGAUCAAUUGUCCUCAGUCAGUUGGGCUUUGUGUCAGCGUAUAUCGUCUUUGUCUCGCAGAACCUGCAGGCAUUUGUGCUCGCUGUGAGCAAGUGUGUUACCUUUAUCGACAUCAAGUACAUGGUGCUUUUGCAGCUUAUCAUCUUCCUGCCUCUGUCUUUGAUUCGGGAUAUCAGCAAGCUCGGAUUCACCGCCCUCAUUGCGGAUGUGUUCAUUCUCUUGGGAUUGCUGUAUAUCUAUUACUACGAUGUCACCACAUUGGUCAGCCAGGGCGGUAUUUCCGACGUCAUUUCCUUCAAUCCAACUACAUGGUCCAUGUUCAUCGGUACCGCCAUCUUCACCUACGAAGGCAUAGGUCUCAUCAUUCCAAUUCAGGAGUCAAUGAAGCAGCCUCAUCGCUUCCCCGGUGUGCUGGCUGGUGUCAUGGUUGUCAUCACCUUCAUUUUCUUGUCUGCCGGUGCCCUGAGCUACGCAGCAUACGGAUCCACCACCAAGACCGUCAUCCUUCUCAACCUUCCCCAGGAUGACAAGUUUGUCAACGUGGUCCAGUUCCUCUACUCUCUUGCCAUUCUGCUGAGCACACCGCUGCAGCUCUUCCCCGCUAUCCGUAUCAUGGAGAACGAGCUGUUCACCCGCAGUGGCAAGUACAACCCAUACAUCAAGUGGAAGAAGAACGGCUUCCGUUUUUUCCUAGUCAUGAUCUGUGCUGUUGUCGCCUGGGGCGGUGCCGAUGAUCUUGACAAGUUUGUUUCGCUGGUCGGAAGCUUCGCUUGUGUUCCAUUGAUCUAUGUUUACCCGCCACUUCUGCACCUGCGCGCUUGUGCUCGUUCCAAACGCCAGGCUAUUGCCGACGUCACUCUCGCGGCCUUUGGUGCUAUCUGCUGCGUUUAUACGACUUCCCUGACCAUCGGGAGCUGGCUCGGACCUGAGGUUCCUCAGAGCCCAGGAUACUGUGAUUCUCAUUAA